CAUAAAUCACAUUACUUUCCACGGGCAGUCUCUAAAUGGUGUAGGUGUUAGCACUGAACAGACUGGAUAUUGUCAAUAUCUAUUCUAGAAGGGCUUCCAGAGAUAACAUGUCUAAGGAACUGGAUCUGAGAACUGUGAUGGUGCUUCCAAAUGAAAACAGCUUCCCAAGGUUUGGCCCCAGUGAAGAUGACGCUUGGAAAAACUACCUUGAAAACCCACUUACUGCAGCAACCAAGGCGAUGAUGAGGGUAAAUGGUGAUGAAGAUAGUGUUGCUGCUUUAAGCCUCCUCUACGAAUACUACAGGGUGCCAAAAGAUAAGAGGCAUCUUCCAACUGUUCCAGUAACAAAAAAGCAUUACAGUUCAAGUGGAAAUGACAUAACAGACAUUUCAACUCACUCAGCCCAUGAGGGAUCAAUCCAUCUUGUAAAACCUUUUAGUGAUGGUACUACCAUGCCCCAAGAGUAUCAAGAACUCACCAAACGAACACACCUAAUUACUCAGGAUUCAUUGACAGGAGUCAACAAGUCUCCAUUGCUUCAUAGUUCUAUUAAAAUGGACACAAAUCAUGAUGACUUUAUACCAACAUCAUGUGGGAUUUAUGACAAAAACCCUCUAAAUGCUCUUUUUGAGUCUAUAGACUUACAGCCUCAACAAGAGAGAUGGAAUCCAGAUAGCACUUUUAAAGAGGAACCACAAGAGUUGUUCAAUGACAUUCUUCGAACAUCGGCUGUCUCUUCUUGUACGGGUGAUUAUCCUUCUUCAAAUAUCAGUGACUUUGAAUACAUACUGGGAUCCCCCAAAGCCGUACCAACCAAGCCUUCAGACUCACCCAUGGCAUAUCUAAAUAAGGGUCAGUUCUAUCCCAUCACCCUGCGAAUGAGUGGCACCGAUAAGUGUUUAGACCUCUCAUCAUCCAAAGUAAAGAGUGUUAUUAUGGCUGUUUUUGAUAAUGAUAAAAAUGCAGAAAUGCAACUGAAAUGUUGGAGACACUGGCAUUCUCGUCAGCCCACCGCUAAGCAACGAGUCAUUGACAUGGCAGAUUACAAAGAACGGUUCAAUGUCGUGAGUGAUGUGGAGGAGGUGGCAUACAAUGCAUUGUCGUUCAUGUGGGAUGUCAACGAGGAGGCAAAGGUGUAUGUUGGUAUUAACUGCCUCAGCACAGACUUCUCUACACAGAAGGGUGUUAAGGGCCUCCCUCUGAAUUUGCAGAUUGACACAUAUGACUGCGGGACAGGAAUGAAUAAACUGAUUCAUCGGGCAGCCUGCCAAGUUAAAAUAUUUUGCGAUAAGGGAGCAGAGAGAAAAAUGAGAGAUGAGGAAAGAAAACAAUUCAGAAGAAAAGGAAAGUGUCCUGAUUCAAGCAAUAAUGAUUCUAAAGCAAACGUAUUGGCGGGGAUGAGACGAAAGGACAUGACAUAUUUUAGGCCACUGACAGACUUUGAAACACAUCCAGUUCUCUUUAUACCAGAAGUCCACUUUUCAAAUCUCCAGAGAUGUGGUCUGGUACUUCCGGCAAUCCCUGAUGAAUCAGAACAACACAGAGGAGAGAGAAAGCAGCCUACAUGGUUACCGCUUAAAAGAAAUAGCCAGUCCUUCACAGAUGACUUAAGUAUUUCACCACCUAAACAGUCCAGGCAUGAUGGACCACAAAGAGUAUUGUUAUAUGUCCGGAGGCACUCAGAAGAAGUAUUCGAUGCCCUCUUGUUAAAAACACCAGAUCUAAAAGGUCUACGAAAUGCAAUUUCAGAGAAGUACGGUCUACUAGAAGAAAGCAUUUCCAAAGUUUAUAAGAAAUGUAAAAGAGGAAUCCUUGUUAACAUGGAUGACAAUAUUGUACAGCACUAUAGUAACCAAGCGGCUUUUUUGGUCGAGAUGGCAGAGGUGUUAGGCAGAAUCCAAAUCACACUAAAUGAGAUAUGACUUUUCUAAAUGAACACUAGGAGAAGUUUUAUACUACAUGUGUAUAAUAUUGAUGUACAUAAGCUCUGAAACACUUAUUGUGGACCUCCAUGUCGUGUCCGAAGUUAUGCACUGGGUCAUACAAGACCCACGUCAGAUGGCACUCACAUCAGAUGAGACCCACGUCAUAUGAGAUCCAUGUUAUUAAGCACCACAUCAGAAGUUAUCCAGUUCUAAAAGUCACCAAGUCAUGGAGAGGUUUCAUGAAAUGGAAAGACCGGAGUUGUGUACAUUUUAUCCACUAUAUGCACCAUCAUUUAACUGUCUGGCUAUACAACUCUAAACUUUGAUCAAUGGAUGGCAUACAGCUUCGCAGCUCCUUUUAUGACUCCACUCAAAGUACACAUGCCAGCAUCAUACAUUAACAACACUAAUGUAUAUCUGGAUGCACUUAAUCUUCAAGUUGACUUGAAGAACAAGCUUCUGCAUUGUAAUCUUCAUCUCAAGUUUCAUUAUAGUCCACAGAAUAUAUGACAAAUAUUUGUUUUUGUGUAUAUUAGCUGAUAUAUUAAUGUUUGGUUGAAAUCCAGGUCUUUAAAGAGCUGCAGGGAUCCAUGACUUUGAUUCUUUUCCUGAUGGUGAAAAGUGUUACAGGCAUUGAUAAAACGUGAAUGAUAACACAGGUAAAUGCUUAGUAUUUCCUGUUGAUAUUAACUUCAGACUAACACUUUAUUCCAUCACUCAAGUGUUCAGGAAAUCCUCUCACAAAUGCAUGUUUGCACAACAGAUGUACACACACACACACACACACACACACACACACACACACACACA